AUGCUCAUCUCAGUCAUCGGCGCCCCCGGCUCCGGCAAAGGCACCCUCCUAACCCUCCUCUCCACCGAAUUCCCCUCUAUUUUUUCCCACUUUUCUCUCGGAGACCAUCUUCGCCAGCUUCUUCUCCAGUCAACCCACCAGCAACAACAUCAACAGCAGCAGCAGCAGCAACAGCAAAAACCUCUUCUCAAACCUCACGUAAGAGAACAAAUCCAAAGGAGCGAAUUACUUUCACUGAAAGAUUUGCUCCCGAUUUUAAAAGAAGGGUUACAAGAAAAAGAAUUUUCAUUGCGAGAGAAAGUGGAAGGGAAAGAUAACGAAAAAGAAAACCAAAGAAAAGAAAAAAUCCUCCUCCUCGAUGGCUUCCCGAGAGAUAUUUCCCAAAUCAAACUCACCGGUAUGAGUGAUGAUGAUGAGAAAGCAGAAGGAUUGGAAAUUCUUCAACCGGAUUUAGUUCUCUUCUUUGACUGUCCGGGGGAAAUCGCUCGGAAAAGGUAUUUAUCAAGGGGAUUACCGGGUCGGGAUGUUGAUGUGAGAAUUUUUGAGAGGCGGUUUGAGGAGUUUGAGAGGUUGAAUGGAGAUGUGGUGGAGGGAUUUGAGAAGAGGGGGAUUUUGAUUAGGAUCGAUACGAGUCAGGAUACGGAGACGUCUUAUCGAAGGCUGUUGCGGGCGUUGCGCGACUCGGGCUAUGCUAUUUGCGAAGAAGUGGGAAGCUUGGAGAAGGGAGGAGGAAAAGAGACGGAAUAG